AUGUUUGGCGGCAUCUCAGCCCUUGUAAAUGCGCAGCGGACUCUUGAUAGAAGAGAGCGAGACCCUGCUAACAUUCCUCCCCCAACCCCGAUCGCCUUUCCCCGCUACCAGCCCUUUACCCAGGAUGGUGCUCCCGUCGAGCCCUCAGACUCUCUGUCGGCCCUGCUCUCCACCACCGGCAGACGGCCGGCGAAACUAGCGUCCGUUGCCCUCUCGGCCAUUGGACUUGAUCUUCAAGUCGAUGUGGAUGUGCAGCAACUGAUUCCCGACCCGUCAAUGAUACCAGACUUUGCCACUUGGGAACAAAUGACGCUGGAACAGUCCCACGAUGCUCAUCAAUCCACCUUGCGACCUUUGAGUAAUGGUAAACUUUCACCCGGCUGUCGUGCCUACCUUGAACGAAGGGAUCAGCUCUCUACCCCGAAUGAAGAGGCCUUUCGCACCAUCAGGCGCAUCUCACCACCAAAGGGCCAGCAGGCCGCGCGACUCGGCCAUGCAUAUGACUUCUUUGGUCGUCUGGAACAACUGACACCAUAUUGGGAUGACCCCACCAAAGCUGUCAGUCUUCCACCGUCUCCAGAGAUCAAUGCUCAUGACGACGUGCCCUCUGAGCCGCCCUCGACCACAGCAGCUCCUGGGGCCGAUGCGGCGGCCGGGCGCACACAAGCCGGCCACGAGAUGCCUGCCCCUCUCCGCCAUUUGCUUGUCGCCAGCUUUGUCAAAAUGAUAUCUUACGAGUUUGGAUGCGGCGCCAGUCCCUCUAGAACAGAGCCUCGUUUGCAUCUUCAAUCCCCCCGCGACAGUCGGGCCUCGCCGCGCAAGUCGUACUGCCCAUCCCGCUGCCAGUUUAUUUUCCAGAAUCCACAAUCGCGAGAGGCAUCCCGCAAUGGCAUAUUGUACGGCCCCGUUGCCGCCAUCUGCUGCCGUCCAGAUAUUAGUUUUACCAAGCCGAGUAUUGAAUUAGCGCAGUCCAUGGACCUGGCAAGGGAGGUCAUUGCCGCCUUGAUAACCGCCCAACACCGUGCUCGCCAGGGCAAAAAAGAGAAGCGGUUUGGCCUGGGAGAAUGGUGGACAACCAAGCAGCGUUGGGGAGGCGGCCGCGGCGGUCCCAUUGGCCGUGAAGUCCAGGGCGACGACAUUUCCGGAGACAAGGACUUGCCGCCAGAUGCAGGGGAAGACGCUCCAGUGCCGGCACCGCCAACCAAGAAGAUGCGAAGGAACAUGGCCAUGUAUGACAAUUACCGCAUGAUUCGUCUCCCUGCCGCGUGCUGGGACCAGAGAGUCAAAUACAUGCCCAUCGGAAAGCAAACAGGCACAACAUACGAUGACGUAUUCGUCGUGAGUAGUCUGUUUCACCAUGUUUCUUUCCUUCGCCUGCGCGUGCCUCUGCGUCUGCUCGAAGUCCUUGACGGAGAGCCGGAGCCGGACACGACUCAGCGAAGUUGGGGCAAGGUGCAGGCCUGGCGCACGCCGUGGUAUGAUUUUUUUGAGGCCAAGGACAGGGUCAAGGCGAUGCAGCUGGUCUGGAGCAUGAUGGCCUACCAGAUGCGGGGAGACACUGGCGCAGCUCAAGCGUGA